AUGUAUUUGUCUCCACUCGAGAGAUAUAGCGAGACAUACACUGCUCACUGGUUGCAGACCAUCGGAUCCAUGGCUAACAAUAGGAUACUGACUGACAAUAAGGGACCGACUCUGUCGACGGCCGGCGAUCCCAGAGUCGACUUCUUUUAUCAUGUGAUCGAAGACACAGAGAAGGAGAGGACAGUCAGUCUGUUGAAGAAGUCUUGGAAAUGCCAUCCGUUGGACACAUUGAAACUGACGGCUCAUAUGAGAGACUGUCGUAAUGGCAAAGGCAUCAAAAAUCACUACCAAAUGUGUACUCAAUAUUUCUUUGAACAUCACUUCAAGACUCUGAUGGCAAAUAUGGAUCAAUUGGUGGCAUUUGGCUAUUGGAAGGAUCCGCUCGUUAUACUCAUGACUUUACUCUUUGACUACAUUCCCGAUCAUUUGUCCAAAGAUGACGGAUUCAAAUUCAAUCGCAAUCGGCCACAAAAAGAGGCGAAGAAGAAUGUAUUACCAAAAUACGAUCGAUUAGUUUUAAGAGGUCUUCGCAAACAAAGACAAAAAGCGAAGAAAGAGAUGAAAUCCAACGCAAAGAAGGCUAAGAUUGAGGGAAUGGAUUGUGACUCUCAGGCGAUGGAAACGAUGGAAUCAGAAGACAUUGAGAUGACUCAAGAUGUGUAUCAAACGGUUCCGACCAGAUUUGAGGCCUUACAACUUAGUCGCAAAGAAUUCUUUCAAAACCGUUACAAAAGUGACCUAAAAUAUCGCAGACUCUAUGAUAAAGUGGUCGAUAUGUUUGCCAAUCAAUUGGUCACAGAUUUAGAAAAGAUGUCAAAAAAUGUGAAAUCAAUCUCAUUGGUGGGGAAGUGGGCGCCCAGUAGUGGCCAUCACUUCGACAAAUACCUGUCUAUUUGUCAACCGAUAGCCAAACAGAUGUUGGGUCUAAUGAAAAGAAAUGAACGGAUCAGUGAUCCCAAAGUUGUGACCAAUUUCUACAUUAAAGAGGUCUGUACUCCACUUCGAAGAUACCUUCUUAUACCCGAAGUUUUUAUGGCGUCCAAUAAGUGGAUGGAUAUUGACUACAAUCGCGUCGCCUCUAAGUGUAUGCAAAAGAAUAAAUCGGUUUUCAUUAAACACGACAAACAAAGGUUUGAAGAGUUCUUGGCCUCAAAGACUACUAUAUCUGGCGCUGUCUUAAAACCGGUGGAACUGGUGGACAGAGCGGAACAAUUAAUGCAUUGUGACUCCGAUAAGCUUGAGAUUGAAGUUCUCGAAAAGCAAUGGCUCUCACUUUGCGAAGACAUUAAGAAAAAGGGCGGUGGUCUAUUGGACAACGCUAUAGCUGUGUGUGAUGUGAGCGGUUCCAUGUAUGGCACGCCAAUGAGUGCGGCGGUCGGGCUAACGAUUCUAACCAUGUAUUUAUCACAAGAGCCCUGGAAUCAAAUGUGUAUAACGUUUCACGAGAAUCCGACAUUUCAUAUAUUGGAUCCGACGCUCAGUUUGAUUGAGAAAAUCCGGUCCAUAAAGCAAAUAGAUUGGAGUGAAACCACUUAUUUGAAUCGUGUCUUUGACCUGAUUCUGAAGAAAGCUGUCGAACAGCGCCUCCGAAACGAUCAGUUGCCGAAAGUGUUGCUCGUCUUCUCUGACAUGGCGUUUGGCGUCGCCUUUCCCGACACCACUCUAACCAACUUCGAGGCCGCGAGAGUACAGUUUGAGGCCAAAGGCUAUACUCUGCCUCCCAUUGUGUUUUGGAAUCUGAGGGCUACGGCUAACACACCCGUUGACGUCAAUGAUAUGGGAGUCGCACUUCUCUCCGGAUAUUCCGGACAACUAUUGUCACUAAUUUUGAAGACCGAAGACUUUAAGACAAUGACUCCCUAUUCGAUGAUGCGGUCGGCUAUUGAUAACAAACAAUAUAUGGAGAGGAGUUUCAGAACCAUUAGAUCCAUGGCUCACAACAGGAUACUAACUGAGAACAAAGCGCACACUUAUGGGACGGCCGGCGAUCCAAGAGUUGACUUCUUCUUCCAUGUGAUCGAAGACACAGAGAAGGAGAGGACAGUCAGUCUGUUGAAGAAGUCUUGGAAAUGCCAUCCGUUGGACACAUUGAAACUGACGGCAUAUUUGAGAGACUGUCGUAAUGGCAAAGGCAUCAAAAAUCACUACCAAAUGUGUACUCAAUUCUUAUUUGAACAUCACUUCGAGACUCUGAUGGCAAAUAUGGAUCAAUUGGUGGCAUUUGGCUAUUGGAAGGAUCCGCUCGUUAUACUCAUGACUUUGCUUUUCAAUGAAAUUCCCGACUAUUUGGCCAAAGAUGACGGACACAAACGCCGACACAAUUCACAACCCCAGAAAAAGAAUGUGUUUCCAAAAUACGAUCGAUUGGUUUUGGGAGGUCUUCGCAAACAAAGACAAAAAGCAAAGAAAGAGAUAAAAUCUAAUACAAAGAAGGCUACGAUUGAGGCGACAAAGAGUGACAAUCAAGUGAUAGAAGCGAUGGAAUUGGACGACACUGUGGUUCCCGGCAUCGAAGUCCAUCUGAUUGGAAGUGUGUACCAAACGGUUCCGAACAGAGCUGAAGCCUUACAAAUCAAUCGCAAAGAAUUUGCUCAAAACCAUUACAUAAAUGAUGAAAAAUAUCGCAAACUCUAUGACAAAGUGGUCGAUAUGUUUGCCAAUCAAUUGGUCACAGAUUUGGAAAAGAUGUCAAAAGAUGUAAAAUCGUUAUCAUUGGUGGGGAAGUGGGCGCCCAGUUGUGGCCAUCACUUCGACAAAUAUCUGUUUAUUUGUCAACCGAUAGCCAAACAGAUGUUGAGUCUAAUGAAAAGGGAUGAACUGAUCGGUGAUCCAAAACUUGUGAAGGAUUUCUACAUUAAAGAGGUCUGUACUCCACUUCGAAGAUACCUUCUGAUACCCGAAGUUUUUAUGGCGUCCAAUAAGUGGAUGGAUAUUGACUACAAUCGCGUCGCCUCUAAGUGUAUGCAAAAGAAUAAAUCGGUUUUCAUUAAACACGACAAACAGAGGUUUGAAGAGUUCUUGGCCUCAAAGACUACUAUAUCUGGUGCUGUCCUAAAACCCGUGGAAAUGGUAGAAAGAGGAGAAAAGUAUAUAUUUCAAACCAUCGCUGAAAGUGAAGAUCAGGAUUUCAAGCUUGAGAUGGAAGUUCUUGAGAAACAAUGGCUUUCACUUUGCGAAGACAUUAAGAAAAAGGGCGGUGGUCUAUUGGACAACGCUAUAGCGGUGUGUGAUGUGAGCGGUUCUAUGAAUGGGACGCCUAUGAACGCAGCCAUUGGCCUCACGAUUCUAACCAUGUAUUUAUCACAAGAGCCCUGGAAUUCAAUGUGUAUUACGUUUGACGAGAAUCCGACCUUUCAUAUCGUGGACCCGAAACUCACUUUCAUUGAGAAACUGCGGGUAAUGUCGACGAAUAGCAUGGCGUGGGGCGGAACUACUAAUUUGAAUCGAGUCUUUGACUUGAUUUUGCGCAAAGCUAUUGAACAGCGUCUCCGAAACAAUCAGUUGCCAAAAGUACUCAUUGUUUUUACAGACAUGGAGUUUAACAGUGCUUUUCCGGGAACUACUUUAACCAACUUCGAGGCCGCGAAGAAACAGUUUGAGGCCAAAGGCUAUACUUUGCCUCCCAUUGUAUUCUGGAAUCUCAGGGCUUCGGCGUCGACACCCGUUGACUGCAAUGAAAUGGGAGCCGCACUCCUCUCCGGAUAUUCCGGACAACUAUUGUCACUAAUUUUAAAGACCGAAGAUUUGGAGAAAAUAACCCCCUAUUCGAUGAUGAGGUCGGCUAUUGAUGACAAACGUUAUUCUGGACUUAAAAUAGUCGACUAAUCAAUGAUUUGUUUUUUCUUCUUCUGCAUAAAAAAUUCAAUAUUAAUACUGAAAUAAUUAUAGUUAUGUUUCGAAGAAUUUAUAUGUUUAUAAUUUAUUUAUCCGUUAUAUUUGAUUUAAUAAUAAUUAAUUAUUCUUGAUUUGUUA